AGGACUGCAUCAAAUGCAUAGUGAGCCAGUCUUCCGACCUUCCCCCACAAACCAAAUGUUAGUAAAUUGAGGAGCUGAGCUGAUUAGGUUCCAGCCGUGGAGACUUGCAACUCUGAGGGAACUGACAACCAUAUUUGCGGGCUGGGCCUGGCUGGGCUUGGCUUGGCUUGCUGCUUCAGGGUGGCAAGUGGGCAGCGAGAACUCCUUCCCAAGAUGAUUAUUGCGGUGGGAUGGGUUGGUUUGGAUGUUACAGUGCUGGGUGUGCUGAUGGAUGAGUAGGGUCAGUCAGGUGCAUGGCGGCGACGAGAGAGGUUCUGGUGGCUCGAGGUUGCAAGGAGCAACCGACAAAUGGCCUCAGGCCGAAACAAGGCAGCGACCGCCCACCGCUGCUGCCCAGUGCCCGAUAAGCGAUUCGGCCCUUGGACGGUUGGACCACCCUCGCCACCAAAAAACCCUGGCCGCGCCCCCCCCCCUGGCAGCUCAGCCCAACCAAACCAAAGAAAGGCUCUCCCAACGAGCGUGGGCUGCUGAGUGGGGUGGGGUGCCAUGCUGGAGCUGUUCUUUUCUUUUUGCUUGUAAAAGCUCUCCUCUUGCAUCGCAGCAGACCCUUCACGACCAGGGCAUCUGCAAGAGAAUUCCCUCACGCCUCGUGAGUUGCUUUGCUUCAGCCGCUUUUUAACCUCAUCUUCUUCAUCUGCUGCUCAGUCCUCCCAUCCUCACUCAAUUGGAAACGCUUGUGGUAAGAAGGUCGCCAGUUCCCCGUUUGUUU